AUGGAGCUGAGUAGUGAACCAAAUUGUUUACCGCUACGUUGUGCGUUUGUAAAGUUCAGCUCACACCAGGAGGCGCAAGCGGCGAUAACAAGCCUCCACGGUAGUCAAACUAUGCCGGGUGCGUCCUCUAGUCUAGUGGUGAAAUUUGCCGACACCGAAAAAGAGAGACAACUGCGACGCAUGCAGCAGAUGGCUGGCAACAUGAGCCUGCUCAACCCUUUCGUGUUCAAUCAAUUCGGAGCUUAUGGUACCUACGCACAGGUCAUCACGGAGCAGUUGACCACCUAUUAUUUGCAGCAACAAGCGGCGCUGAUGGUAGCAGCGACAGCGCAAGGCUACAUCAGUCCUAUGACAGCACUCGCGUCGCACGCUCUCAACGGCAUGGCCAAUUCAGUCGUACCACCCACAUCUGACAACUUCACGGGCCUGGCGAUAGGCACGGGUGGCGCGCAGCCCCUGAACGGCGCGCUGCCGUCUCUCCCCUCUCCGACAAUGCCAGGCUUCAACAUGGCGGCCCAAACUGCCAAUGGACAACCCCCGCCGCAGGACGCCGUCUACACUAACGGCAUCCACCAGACCUUCACUGGACCGGUGCCUGUGACCGCGCAGGGCCUCCCGAACGGCGAGGCGGCGCUCCAACACGCGGCCUACACCGGCAUGCAGCCGUUCCCAGGAGUCGCUUACCCGGCGGUAUAUGGACAGUUUCCUCAGCCAAUCCCACCUCCGAUGUCGACAAUUGCGCCGGCGCAGAGAGAAGGCUGCUCGAUCUCCGGCCCCGAGGGCUGCAACCUGUUCAUCUACCACCUUCCCCAGGAGUUUGGCGAUGCAGAGCUGAUGCAGAUGUUCCUGCCUUUCGGGAAUGUUAUAAGCAGCAAAGUAUUUAUCGACCGUGCCACUAAUCAGAGCAAAUGUUUUGGUUUCGUAUCGUUCGACAACCCGACGUCGGCCCAGGCUGCCAUCCAGGCGAUGAACGGCUUCCAGAUCGGCAUGAAGCGACUGAAAGUUCAACUGAAACGGCCCAAGGACGCCAAUCGGCCUUACUAA